AUUCACUCCAGUCACUUGGCCAUUCGUUCCAACUCUCACUCCACCCAUCUCGCACACUCCAGACGCCGCAAAUGUCUGCACCUUCUGGGAUCAAGGUCCCGCCUGCGAUUUCCGCUGCGUUCGGCGCAGCAAAGUCGAGCGCUGACGAUGUCCGCGCGCUCGUCUUCACCAUCGAGGGCGAGUCCUUCUCCCACCUCACCACGGUCAAGCCCAAGGGCUCGUACGCCGACGACAUCGAGCUGCUCGCCCCCACGCUGCCGAGCAAGCAGACGCCCGCGUCGUUCGCUUACCGCCUCGACUCCAAGUCGGGCGGCGCGUACGAGUGGAUGAUGGUGACGUUUGUGCCCGACGAUGCGGGCGUGCGCGCAAAGAUGCUGCAGGCGAGCUCGCGCGGCGGCCUCAUGAAGGCGCUGGGCACCGGCAACUUUAAGCAUGACUGGUUUGCGACGUCGAUUGGAGACCUCACACCAAAGGCGCUCAAGGCCCACCUCGACCACAUCCUCUCGCCUCCCCCGCUCACCGCGUCCGAGGCGGCGCUGCUCGAGAUCAAGGCGGCCGAGGCGGAGGAGGCCAAGUCGCUCGCCCUGGACAAGGAGACGCAGACGGCGCGCGUCAAGGCUGUCGUCGGGCUUGGUGGCCGCAUGAAGUGGAACGCAGACGUGCAGGAGGCGCUCACCAAGGCCGCUGCGAGGUCUGACGACGGCUGGAUCGUGUCUCUGGACAUUGCGCCCACCGACUCGUCGCUGCUCCAGCUGCAGCGCUCCGAGGCGUGCAAGCCCUCCGAGCUCGCGUCCAAGCUGCCAGAGAAGGCCCCAGCCUACGUCUUCUACUCGUUCCCCACGCCCCCGCCCCCCAAGCCGGCACCAAAGCCGGCGCCUGCCGCCGCUGCGCCUUCCGCACCCCGCAACACAUUCCAGGCGACCGCUGGCGGUGUUCGCUACGUCGCAGCUUCAACAGCCCAGCCUGAAAACGCUGCCGAUGGUGAGGAGCAGGAGAAGGAGAAGACGGAGGGAGGAGAGGAGGAGGACGCUGCACCGAAGGAGGAGGCUGAGGAGACAGGUGGUGACAAGGAAGAGACGGCAGAGGAAGGUGUCGCAGCGCUCAAGGUCGAGUCCAAGCCCGCGUCGCCCGAGCCCAUCGCUGCCGCCGAGCCUGAACCAGAGCCCGAGGUCGAGUCCAAGGGCCGCGUCGUCUUCAUCUACUGGUGCCCGUCCGGCAGCCCCGUCAAGUUCCGCAUGAUCUACUCGACGUCGGUGCGUGGCGUUCAGCAGGAUGCGAUCGACAAGGCGGGCGUCGAGAUCCACGGCAAGAUUGAGACGUCGGACAAGAACGACGUCAACGAGACGCACCUGCGCGAGGCGCUUCCAGCCAAGCCAAAACACGCGUCGAGCCUCCCGAACCCGGGCAAGCCUGCCGUGUUUGGAGCGCCCGCACCGAGCGGGUUCGGUGUCGCUGCCGCCCCGCCGCCGAGCAGCAACCCGACGCGCAGCUUCGCCACGCCUGCCACUCGGCCAGUGUUUGGCGCGCCCGCGCCCGUCGGCGCAGCGUUUGGCCGCCCGAUGCCCAUCCGCACGACGUCGCACACGCCGCCCGCGAGCUCGUCGAGCCCCGUGUCUGCCGCGGCGCACGCCUCGGCACCCACCUCGGCCGUCGAGGACGACGGGGACAGCAAGGAGAGAAUCCAGAACGCGUUCAACGCCUUUGGCCCCAGAGUCAACUCGCCCGGUGGUGGCAGCGGCGGUUUCGCGCGCCCCCGCCCCGCUGGCCGCAGGUAGCGUGAUGGCAUGAGAGUGGGAUCGUACGGAUGGUAAUGUUGGAUAUGAAUCUACAGAACGUUGGCAUGCAUGCGGUGUGGCACGA